AUGCCACCGCUCGUCUACUCGUACCAGGGCGAAUCGGCACCGUCUUCCCUCCUGCAAGCCAUCUCGACCGCCGCCGCGCCGUACAACUCGAUUCUCGCAAACUCCGCCUCCGACACGGCGACCGGCUUGGUCGGCGCCUUCCCCACCACCGCGACCGUCGCAAACACGAAUUCGCCUGUCGCCGCGACGUCGUCUGUCAUCUUCAAGUCGGGCAAUCCCGGCGAAGUCCUCUCCUCCAACACCCGCGCACCGUACACCAAGAUCGGCACCGUCGACACGAGCAUGGCCAGGGGAACGGCAGGAGCUUCGGCGACGAAGAGCGCGGGCAUGCGGACGUUUGGCGCGCCCGGAGUCGAAGUCUUUGCGGCACUUGCGGCGGUGGCUGGUGGGGUUCUUGUCGGUGCGGGCAGGCUCUUCUGA